AUGAGACAUUGUAAUCAUAGUCGUUGGCUUUCUCUAUCAUCUCGUAAUGACGAGUUAACAUUUACGGAAUCUGACAGAGCUAAAACUCUACUUCACAGUCUCCCUUAUAUGCAAGUUCAGGUACCCACUCUAUUCGUCUUCAUUGGCAACAAAGACAAGACUCUUGCCCUUCAAGACUUGGCAUCAGCUCCUAAAAUUAAAUGCACAAGUAAACGAAUCAAUGGGGAGAUCCAUCUUCAUAUUGAUCCGUCUAGCUCAUUUAGUGAUAGACCUAUACUUCUUGCAGACAGCGAUUUUUCAAUCGGUGGGCGAACGACGCCUCGGCUACUGCGGGGUGAUUGCCAUGACGUCACUACAACCGUGCUGCCAAGACCAAGAAAUGGCGUUGCCAGUGGAAAUUCUCUCAUGCUUAAAACUGCAGAUGAUCUACAUCUGAAAAUCUUGUCACCAUUUACUGAUAUAUUCUGUUUUUUUGCUUCUGAUUUUGGAGGGUUACACUCGAUUGCUCAGCGUUUAGCAUCUUGGUUGGAGAAUCCACAACCUUCAACAUUGCCAACAGCCACCCAUGCUCAUAUUGUUAUCGUGGUUGAGUCACCAGCUCUUGAAUUUCGCAUCCUAGAAGAAUUUUUUGAGCUAUUACACAAUGAGACAGGGAAGGAUCCCUAUGUCCAUUUUGGAAAGAUUCGCAUUUUUACCUCACUACCUCAAAGCUCUGUUCUUCCCGAAGCUCGACAUCGACGGCUGAAAGAGUUUCUGAUGAAUAUCUCGGACGAAGUUCGACUAGCAAGAAUCAAAUGCAAUAUGUUGUUUUCGGGACAGCAUUUUCUUGCUUUCUUGAACCAAGCCGGAGCACGUUUUGGAUCAGGAUGCAGCGUUCCCUUUGACUUUAUCCGAGAAUCACGAAUUAACAACCCAGUCGCCCCUGAACUCAAGGAUCAUUUGGUAAAUUUUUUAUCGCUGAUUAAAGAUCAUAAGCAGUUGCAGGAGCUGGCUGCCCCCCUCAUCGCCUCCAGUAUUCUUUUAGAUCAUUACCCUCCUGACAUGCAUCUUUUCGAUCCCUCUGAAGUGUUUCGUAUUCUUUACCAAGAUGUAUGCUAUCAAGCAUAUUGUGAAUGGAUGGAUCAUAGAAACUCCCCAAGCCUUCUAUUACCAUCGGGAUUUAUAAGAAUAAUACAAGAGCUACUGCAUAAUCUCUUUAAAGGGUUACAGCGCUCUGCAAUCAAUAUGUCAGUUGAGUCUCAUCGCCAGAUUCUAAGAAGAUUGUUCUUGAACUGUCUUACUAUUCGUUCAGAUGAUACAUGUGUUGUCUGUAUACGAAGAACACCUCAGUAUGGCUUGCCAUGUGGUCAUGUUAUCUGUGAAAACUGUGUCCGUACAUUUGGGAGACUGAGUCUCCUUGACCCCUGGAUCUUUGAGGUUGAAAGCUGCCUCUUCUGUGGAUUGAGUACAUCCGGAGUUGUAAUCAAGACCAUUCCCCCAACAGCUGGUAUCCGUGUAUUGACAUUCGAUGGUGGUGGUAUCCGUGGCGUGGCAAGCCUUCAAUAUUUACAGGUUCUACAGGAGCGAAUCGGCUUGCCGUAUCCAGUUCAAGAAAAUUUUGACAUGGUAUUUGGUACAAGUAUCGGUGCAAUCGUCGCACUCAAACUUUGCGUUAUGGGAUGGUCCAUUGAGAAGUGCAUAGAAAGGGCUGAGCAUUUUGCAAAGUUUACCUUCCAACCAAGGUUAAUCUCCAAGAUUCCCGCAUUCAUUCCAGGGAUUCCUGGAUUCUCAGUUUUGGCAUCCUUCUUGAUCUCGUACUUUGCUGAUGGAUGCUACUCGGCUGAGCAUCUUGAAGCCAUAUUGCAAGAAGAAUUCGGUAGAGAGAGAUCUAUCCUCGAUUGUUCGAACGCAACAGCAACAGGCACGCGUAUUGGAAUUCCUGUGACUACAAUUCAAGAUACUUCUACUUGUAUAUUCACAAAUUAUAAUGCAAUUGGAACCAGAUCUGAGAAGUGUGGAUAUCACGCACUGCGACCGAAAUGCGGUUUGGGCCAAAUACCCCUUUGGAAAAUAGCAAGAUGUGGGUCGGCAGCUCCGUGGUACUUUAAGCCAAUGAGCAUACCGGGUAUAGGAACUUUUCAAGACGGCGGGGUCAGGCAAAACGAUCCUGGCAAUAUUGCAUUACAAGAGGUCUCGGCUCUAUUUCCAAACUCACUAGAGCCAAGUCUCGUGGUGUCAUUAGGCACCGGUGCAGCUCGCGUAGAUAAUGUACCAUACAUGGGUCCCAGUCGUGGGCUCAUCAAAGAUGGCUUUAUUCCACGCCUUGUACGUGCCUUCAAGCUUUCAUUCGGAAGCACUAUUCCCCAUAAGCAUCGAAGUCUUCGUAGCAGAGGGUCUCGAGAACAGUAUUUCCGAUUCGAUAUCGAGUUUGAUCACCCUGAGCCAGAAUUAGACGAUACCACCAGGAUACAAGAGGUAAAAGAACACGCUCGAUCUACGAUAUGCGAAUCGAAAGAACUAGAUCAUCUAGCUAGAUGCGUAAUCGCGGAGCUUUUUCUCUUCGAGUUGAAUGAUGUACCUAGAAAGGAGCGCGGGAGGUACGUUUGCCACGGGCGCAUUAUUUGUAGACUCAGAGCACAUGUUCCUGCAUUUAAAGCUCUCUUGGAACAGCUGAAAAAAUCUUCAGCAGUGUUUCUUGUUCAAGGGCACCCUGUCAAAUGUUGCACGGAAGAUGAGACGUCCAAGGACCAAAAUGGAAACUUUAGUAAAGCCGUGAGUAUUGAGGUCUUUGAUAAACGCACCUCCUUCACUAUUCAGCUAAAGGAGGGAUCCUCUCAACCAUGCAGUAUCAGCGGGUCACCAUUUUCGAUUGAGUCACUUGUUACUGCACAGCACUUGGAUAGCCCGUUUGGUACUGUGGACCACGUUAAGAGAAAAAGAGUGGAUUUCACAUCUUUGACUUCAAGAAAACGUCCUCGUCACCUAGCGUAG